UCAUGCAGUUCUUUUAAGAAAUUCUCCCUUGAAGCAGAAAGUGGAAAUUACGUAAUUGAUCCAGAUGGCGAGGGAGGUUUGGCUCUAUUCACAGUGUACUGUAACAUGAUAGACAAGAAUGGAGUGGGCGUCACAGUCAUCAGUCACGACAGUGAAAGCAGAACAAAGGUGCGUGACGGCCUCGGUUGGGGGGGUCGUGGCAGCUACAGACGUGACAUUUAUUACACAGGAGCGAGUCUGUCUCAGUUGGCCAGUCUCACCAGUGUCUCCUCACACUGUGAGCAGUUUAUCAAGUAUGAGUGUUAUCACUCGAUGAUAUUAAGAAGCGGGUAUGCUUGGUGGGUGUCACGUGAUUCUUCUAAGAUGACGUACUGGGGUGGAGCAUUACCUGGCAGUGGAAAGUGCGCAUGCGGAAUGAACAACACAUGCGCAAAUCCCAGUUACGGCUGUAACUGUGAUAAGAAUGACCAAGUAUGGCGUGAAGACAGCGGUCUACUGACUGACAAGACAAAGCUACCAGUAAAACAGCUCGUGCAUGGUGAUGCAGGAAACAGCAACCAAGGGUACCAUACUCUUGGAAAACUGAAGUGCUAUGGCAUAGCAUAAAAGAUAACUUCAUUUAGUCAUGCAGUUUUUUACUACGGAUCCAAUUUGUUGUCGACAUCAUUUCGUUUUUUCAAUCCGUUAAGUUAGUAAUUGUGGCACUCGGAUCAGCAGCAAGUCUUAAACUGCGGUUUUGGCCAUCGGCUCUUGGUGUUUAACCGUAUUUUACAGAUGUUAGAUAAACGAACUCGCCUAUCUUAGUCUAAUGGGUUGGUGCUUCCGCACAUGGAUUAUAUGGACACCAUUUGGGGAGAUCAGCCUGGCUUGACAUUAGAAAUGCAACAAAUACAGACUUUCCAAAAUCGCUUUGCCAAGAGGAUCGCAGGUGGCAAAUUGUCCGCGGCGUCAGCCGAGGCCCUCACAUCGUUGAAAUGGUUUCCAUGGAAGGCGCUUUGGACGUCGAUGUCUUACAGUUAAGAAAGCAAUCAAGGGAGAUGUUCCAGAACACUGUGAUAUUUUUAGGACCCCUCUAACUCAGUUACAUAACUAUAAUAGUGGGAAUAGGUUUCUACCUAGACUUCCCAAGCCGCGCACGGAAUGGGGAAAACGGACUACGUAUUUUAGAGCUUUCAACGAUUGGGCUUCCGUGGCUAUUGAACUUAAAAAAGACCAAUGCAGGACAUGUUUUUAAAAGAAAUUUGAAUAGGUUUUUAGGUACUUCUUCUUAGGUUUUAUGCUACUCACUUUUAAUAUUUCAGUUUAGGAUUCUUAAUGCUAUUUUUAAUUAGGUUUAGUAUUUUAUUUUUAAUAGAGGACCCCCCUGAAAACCACUCUUAGUGAUGGAGGCCUCCUCUUUAGCCUGCGUAGCAUGGCGGUUUUGGUUGGGUGAGGGCAGAGAAACCGCGAGGAGAUUGGGGCGGAAGCAACUUGAAAAACCGCCUGCACGGACGGGGGGCUUUUUUGAGUCGGUCCGCACGCCAGCGUACGGAUCGUUCCGAUUGGUUCGGAAUGUUCGCCUGUCAAUCAAAUAUUUUGGUAAUCUCCCAUGGGAGAGUUUCGAGAGACUGAACAAAUCAUCUCCGCAACACAAAAUCAAAAUAUCUAAGAAGCGUUGACCGGAGUGUCGUCGCUCUUGAAUAUUUGACGGGAAAACAGGGCAAUUGUAUUGAAGCCUAAACAGGAAAUGGCCCUCUACAGUCUUCUUCAAAGGAGAGAUGUCAUGGAAAUUUUGUCAACAAGAUUUGGCAAGAGCAUGAUCUUUACUGUCUUUGCUAUGGCCAAAGAAGAAAUAUCCUCAUCGAAAACCUGUAUGAUCACAAUUUGCCCUCUAAAAAGUAAUAUCGACGACCAGAUAUCUGAAAUGUUGUCGCUGAGCUGUAAAGCAAUGGACCUUAUGACAGAAACAGUAAAUUUCAGUGCUUCGAGAAAGUUCACCUCAAUUUUCUCUAUUACUCGGUGUUAGAGAAUAACGCACUCCAGCGCAAUACAUCGAACGGUGUCCGCGAUUGUGGUCGAUGAAUCGCAUACGGUAGAAGAAAGACGCACAGCGUAAUUUCUCCAUUUUUUUUGCUUGGUGUAGCUUAAGUUUAAGCUACAGCUCAAAUCUGAAGAUCGCGCUAUACGUAAAAAAAAUACAACAUCCUGCAAACAACUCUUAAAAAGCCGGGCCCAGCGUCAAAACAUUCACGGACAAAGCAGUGACAAAGAAACUACAAACCAAGGCUCCUUGGUUUGUAGUUGUCCAGAUCCAGGCAUUUUAGUCGGAAAAGACCAAAGAAACUAAAAUAUUUAUUUAGCCGUAAUAAAAGCUUUUAGGCUUUAAGAGUGGUCAAAGAAAUUACUACUUUACAACUGUAUCUGAGAUCAACAAAUUCUAAUUAGCGAAAAUAACAUUAACCACAGGAAAUAAUUACUCAAUACGGAUUAAACAAACCAACUCCAUGACCUCUAAAUAAAUGUAAGACUUAGUGCAGCAAAAAUAAGAUCUACUCAGUCAAGUCUAGAACGCAAUGCAGUCACCAAUGGGCGAGAUAGCCACAAAGAAAAAAUCCGUGUUUGUUCAAGCAAACUCCAAUUCCGGCCAAGGUCACGUUUUACACUAUAUCACGAGCUUUUGUGUCGUUUUUAGGCUGUCAACACUUUACUUCUGAUUGGCUGGGAAAACUGAAACCAAACAAGUUGUCAACAGGAUGUCAAAAUGAGUUGAAGGGGGCGGCAGUUGAAAAGGCCACGAAUCCGGGCAGGCGGUUUUUAUUUUUCUCGCGGCUUCGCCGCUCGUUCUCGCGCGCUUCGCGCGCGAAUUUCGCGGCUACGCCGCUCCUGCGCCCGGCUCGACAAAACCGCCAUGCUACGCAGGCUACCUCCUCUUAAAACAAGUAUUUUUAAUUAUUAUUAUUAUUAUAAUUAUAAUUAUUAUUAUUAUUAUUAAUAUUAUUAUAAACUACUUUUGCAGCGAAGACUACAGGAUGAAAGAACUUUGUUUUCCCAAUAUUUGUGUGAUUCUGAUGAUACAGACCCAAGAUACCCCAUUCAGGCGGAGCCUCCCCGUAUAGGUCAUCACAGGGAGUACCCCCCCCCCGGAAAGGAAUAGCUUUCAUCAAUAGAAGGUAUACCAAAGCGGUGCCUUUUCUGUCAAAAUGGAAUAUAAAUGGCUAAGGUGUUGGACCUUGAAGCGAGCAUUCCGGUAUAAAACUCUGUUCAUCAAAAGCAGUGGGGUUCUAUAUAUAGCGAAGAACGUCAACCCGCCGAAUUAAGGCUUUUUCCCGACAGUUUCACUACGCCAUGCCCGGCUACCAAAUUUGUAUUUCUUAAGUUUCUUUUCUCUAUCAGAGAUGAUUGGGCAAUAAAUAUAAAUUAAGAAUUUGUUCAUGCUUAGCGUGCGUAUAUCGAGUUAUGGAUGCACGCGGGAAGUUUGGAGAGCACGAAAGAUGGGUAAGAGUAGCUCGAGGCGCAGCCGAGAGCAACUCUUGCUUUUUUUUUUUGCAUGUCUUGCUGACAUGCUUGCUUUUUGAUUAACCUGCAAAAUUCUCGUAACGAGCGACGCAGAAACACAUACGCUUCUAUUGGCUGGUCACAAACACGACACAAUCAUCGACUUUGAAGGAGUUCUUUGAAAAAGAAACUGAGAAAGAAAAUUUGCUUAUUUAUUUGUUAACGAUCAAUGGAAAUUAAGCAGAAACAAAGGUAAAAGAGUCUUAAAGUCCACCUAAAGUUAAUUAAAAAUACUCACACGUUCGUAAAAAGUCGUGGAGUAUGGGUUUGACGCGACUGAAAAGAUGUUUAUGCUUUGCUCGGCGAAAUCAAAAAAACUGUCAUUUUAGGGAAGACGACUGUCAUUUUACUUUAUAUUCAUUCACGAACAAUGACUGGUCAUUACGGCUUCUUGAGAAGACCUGGCAGCAGUUGUUUUUGUGAGUAAUAAAUUUAUGUCUCGGUUCUUGCAUAAUUUGUCUUGUUUUUGCAAGUGAAAUUUUCCUGCUUCAGUCGGAUUUUUCGGCGAUAACAGAGGUGCAUAAUUCUUCGUUCUAAAUAACUUGUUUUGUAAAGGAUAAACAAGCGUUGAAAACGGAGGACACAUUAAACAAAUUGGAUAUUUCCCGAAACAGACCAGUUUGGGUCUUUUUGUCAGUCUUUACGGCAGAGUUUUCAACGAUUCAGGCUCUAUUAUUUGCGAAACAUCUUCACCGCUUUUGCUGUUGGUUUGAGUGGCCAGAAGCUCAAUUCCAAAAAUGCUAGAAAGAUUUUCAUCAUUGCCGUAGAUUUUUGGGUACUUAGUACUUACGAUAAGGAGACGAAAAACACAGAUGAACACAUCAUCAUGAAAAAAAUCUUCAUUUACGCACGGGCGGGCGUAAAUAAAUUAAAGAUUUUGUUCAUAGCGGCUCAAUAGGACUCAUAUAGGGCAAGCACGCGCGCUAUGUUAUAACGUUCACUUCCGGUUGACGCGCGUCAUUCAAAAACGUUUUUGCUUAGGUCUCCAAGGCUACAAACGUACACUCGUGGUAAAAUUAAAAAUGACAUUCAUGUGAACCAACCUCCAACCUCGGGAAAAAGUGUAAUAAUAAACCCUGAUAUUACCUGAGAGGCAUCUGCUGAAAGUCAUUAAGCAUUCAUGCGCAAGGGCAGUAUCCUUUGUUAGUAUUUACACACUCAGUGAUCUUGGUUAUUCAAGAAAUCUGAUUGGUUCGCUAUCACGGACUAUGAUGUUAAAUUCACCGCGCUAAACGAUCAUGAUCAAUGUUAAGCAAAACAAAAUCGCUGUCGUGAACUGGGUGUUUUGCCAAAGUUUCAGAGUAAGAACUUUUUUAAAUACAAGUAUAUCCUAGUGUUGAUGAUUUUGAAGGUAAGAAAAGACUUCAUGGUGUUUAAAGAGCGUGAUUUACUGUACUUGACUUUCAUACGCUCGAAGCAAUGUUUGCCACUACAGCGGAAAACGUAAGGCCACUUUGUCGCUGUUUUGUGAACUCGCGAUUUCCUUGCGAGACCAAUUUUGUCUAGAAAUAAAAUUUUAAUUCAUGGAGAAAAAAAGGAAAGCGAAUAUUUUCGAAACUGAUACUUGCCAGCAAGUUAACAAGGCAAAGAACACUGCAGAUAAACAGCGCUCGCCUCGAUCAACAUUAACUUCGCCUUCGGCGAAUAAUAGUUAAAUAUUUUUCUGUGUUGGUCCUCCAGCCUUGAAUUCAAGUUAAAGUGGAUGAGCUGUAUUUUUGGACUCAAGCCGAGCUAGCUCAUUCUCUCUUGUUUGAAAAAGAAAUACAACAAUAAUAAAAAAAGACCCGCGGGUAAGAACCUGCAUUUUUCGGCCAAAAUGAACUGAUAGUAAAUGGCACAAAGUUAGGCUAUUUAUGUUCUUAAAGUAGGUCCUUAUUUGUGAAGACAAAAAAAAAUACAUUGCAGCUAAGAGUAUUUAGUGUGGUAUUCAACUCAUCCCCUGGGUAAAACCUGCAUAUCAUUUCAUUGCAGUUGGAGUGAUAGGGUACCUUUCAUUUGUCUCUAAAGAGGAUCCUCACGUACAGAAUAUUUUUUUGUAGAUUUUAGAAAAUAAGAACCUGAUUCAGAUUUUACGCUAAACAAGUUCUUACUCGCGUACGGUCUUUAACGUAUGCAAUCUGCAUGAGGUGGUUUAAAAAUUUAUGUUGCCAAGCUUAUAAGUUGUCGCAGAGUCAUGACACGACAAUAUCAUGCACCGGACACUUAUCUGGAAGGCUGAACAUGAAAAUCAUGCGCAACAAGAUAGAAGAACGUAAAGAAUCGACUUUUCAUGGGGAUAUAGUUACUACGAUGAACAAAGCUCAUCAAAGAUAAUUUUGUUCCCUCAACUGCACAAGAAGAGAACGAAUUCAUCGCAGAACGUUGAUUAAAAAAUGUUAAUGUGUUUACAUGGACCCCUGAAGGAACUUGAACGGCAGGCAAGGACGAAAACUAAUAAGUAAUGCUUUUGUGACCCUGAUUCUAACACCUGCGAAUGUAUGUUGUUUUUUCUAGAUUAUUGCCUUGAAUUAUUACGUAAAGUGGUGAAAAUUAAGACGUCUAUUAAUGCUUAGAAUAUUCCUUACUUCUUUAUUCUUUUAUUUUUACGCCAAAGAUCUCUCAGGAUCCGUAGACUCACGCUGAUUUUAGCUGUGUCAUCCAUGAAUUAUUUUUAGUUGAACUGAGAUAAAAUCACGUAAUAAAUGUUGAUAAAUAAGUUGUUUGUUAAUUUACAGGAUCAGUCCAUAACAACAGGCGAGUCGUACCUUCAACGACUAACUCGAAUUGGACAAACAUGGCCUUUGUUACAAGGACUGUAAUUGUGCUCAUGUGGCUUUCAUUUGGCCGUAUUGCCUCAGUGGUUUAUGCUGGUAAAUGACAUAUUUCAGGGGCACCCAACGACGGUUUCCUCCCAUAUAAAUACAUUGAAAACACUCUUUAGGCUAUCCUGAGUACUUUUAGAACUCUAGAAUAUAUUGCAUUCUAAGCGGAGCUAUAAAAUUUGUAUCUGUUCGGUCACCGUUGAGUCUUUCCGAAAUUAAAAGGGCUUCAGUUUUAUUUUACCGAAUUAAUAAUAAAGUGAUAAUUUUACUUAUUCCUGUCUUCAUCACAUUUUUGAAUCUGAAAAUUUUAGGUUUUUUAGGUUUGCCUGACCUGAAAAGUGAAAUGUAAAAAUGUACGUGAAUGGAACUGUCACCUAUAGCUGAUUUUUAGCCGUCCUAAAGUAAUAGAAAAUUCUAGGCAAUAUUUGGUUCUCCAAACAGAUAUUUUACAGAAAACAGUCGUCGGGUGCCUCUGAUAUUUAGUGGUUAUUAAGUAAGUUGAAGUAUGAACUCGAAACUUCAAGACAGGAAUAAUGGUAUUCGUGGAGAGAAAAUGAUAGGCCUUACAAGAAAUGACUUAAAUAAUCAUUUUAUCUAGGCAUAUUCCAAAAAUAUGCAUUCACUGAGCUAAGCUGUAACCGACUGAAGUGUUAAGAGAUUGAGACAAAUGAAUUAAGCAACAAUUACCAGUGAUUUGGAUAAAUCUGGCUGUGGUCGUGGCAGUUUUAAUUGAACCAAUGGGUUGCAUAAAAUACUUGCCGUUUAAACUAUAGGCUGCAUUGGCAUAGGAAAUAAACAUUUUAUAGUCUCUGUGAUUUUGAAAUUAAAUUAUUGGAAAAGGAAUCAUGAACACGUAGAUACGUAGUGGCCGGCCUUAUACUUGCAGACGCACUAUUUCCUUUAAAUGGUCUCUUCAGCAAAGACUUGUCAAGGCACUGCGAGCUCAAAACCGAUUCUUCACAUACACAGCACGAUUGCUAUAAUAUAGUAUGUUGCAGCGUAACUUAAUAACAUAGCAUAUAACUAUUCAGCCAGUUAAUUGGUACGACGUUGUCAGUUUCAUAAAGAAAAAAAAAAAAAAGAGUUAAAGUCAACGGUUUACUUAAAAAAUACAAAAAGUGCUUGACUGGAGAAUAAUUGGGAGAAAUAAAUUCUCAUACAAAGCAAAUUCUCCAAUCUUAAACAUACUAAAAAUUAAGAAAUAGAAUUUAAGCACGGCCCAAAGCUAACCUAAUUAAAUUGCAUACUUGUCACUCCCGGUUAUAUGUGUUUCAGUAAAACGAUAAUUGACAACACUACAAAAUUGACCAGCUAUUGUUACAGCUUUUGCUUAAACUUAUGUAUAUUCUUCAAUUAUUUCGACAGAGUAUUCUCAGAUAUUAAUGUUUAAAGAACCUGUAUAUGGGAAAAUAAUCCCGGGUCACGUGAUUAUGACUGAGAAAUUAGCCAAUGAAGAACAUAAUAAUCUGAUCUAACCCCUUUGUACACUUUUGUGUCCAAUAAAGAGAUCUAUGUUUUUGACAUCUCAGCGGUGAAUUUUAAAGUAGAGUGAAAGUUAUUUGCCUUUUUCAGAAAGCUCUCUAUUUUGUCUAGACUUGUGUUCCAUAGGGAACACAUGCAUCGUCAAUAUAUCUUCUCCAAAACAGCGGUUCAAUCGGUUCAGUACAAGUCUAUCUCUGUCUCAACAUUUGGUUUACUAGAUUCUGGCCUUGAAGAUUUUAGCAAACGCAACGGCUAUCUCUGUUUUCAUGGCUGUUCCAUGGGCUUGUAAGUAGUUGCUACGUAACCACAAUAUUGGAACGAGUUUUCUGUUAAUAGAAGGUAGAGUAUUUGUCUUAGAUUCUUAGUAGGUGUAAAGGCUUUCCCUCCAUAAAAAUCUUCCUAUGUGUGACAUACGUUCGGUAGUUGCGCCCUUUUCGUUAGUGUCAAGAGGCGAAGCUCUAAAGGUCAGAUACUUCCUUUACGACUAAGUUCAAGGGUCGUUUGUUGCCCGUCGCCAACUUUUACACCAAGUUUAGGGAGGAGGAAGAAAUGGAUGAAAAAGGAGGGAGUGAAGUCAUUUUCCCCUCAAAAACUAUGAAAAUCGAAAAACAACAACAACAAAAAAAUUUGAUUGUUUGGAAUACAAAGGAGGCUCAAAUGUAAAACUGUAAAAGUAGUUCCUUGCAAUUGACGUCAGUUAAGUGAUCCAAAAUACGGGACAAGACAUGCAUAUGUAUAACGUAAAAUUAUGCUUUGCAGCAGAACCUCUGCUACAGUAAUCCUUGCCCAGGGAUGAACUUCCUGCGUCAGGUAGGCUUCACGGAUAAAGGCUAUCGCCGUUUGCCGUAAUGGUUUUGAGGGAGAAACUUGUAAAGGUAUAGAGCCUUAUAAUAAUCGCUUGACUCCAGGAGUGUGGCGGGUACUCUGGAUUUCAAGUGAUUAUGGGGAUGAUGGAAUUGGGGCGAAAUCCAAAAAAUUCCGUACGGUUUCCAACACCCCCCCCCCCCCCCAAAAAAGAAUCAACGGACUAAAAAUUAACCCCCCUCCAGCUGGGCCAAACACUACAACAACAACAACAACAGUAACAACAAAAAAACAAACAGAAUUACGCGGUCGACACACGCGGGCACCUUCAGAUUGUCAAACCACCCAAGAGAAUAUUUGCCAAAUUUUCCUACCCCCCCAAAAUUUCGGAAUCGAAAAAUUCAAGCCUAAAAAUAUCCUCCGAUUCUUCCCGUCACUUAAAAUCCAGAGUAACCUCCCCCGCUCCCCUAUCCCCCUUCCGCGUGCUUGACUUUGAUACUGUCCUAUGCGUAAGCGCGGUGUUUAAGAUACGCAAUCGGAAUCCAAUUUUUUGUCUGUAUUUAUUUAAGGCCGUAGGGAACACCUAUUCAUGAAUAAAUUCAUGGAGAAAGAUUUUUCCUGUUCUACACAUCUUUUAAAAUGUAAUUGAGUUUAUCUCAGCUGUUUUAGAGGCGAUUUAGAUACCAUUUUAUCGGGGCAUUAUGGAAUAAAGUUUAGGAGAGUUGCUUUUAUUUGAAAGAUUGCGCUUUACAUAUUAGGUGCAAAUUGGAAAAACAUCAAAUUUGUUGAAGUUUGCAAAUCGAGUUGAAGACAGAAAUCAGCUGAGCAGUCUGUGAUUUCAUUAAUAAAUGAUUGGUUAAAAUAUCUCAAAACCUCUGGUGUGUCAUGACAGGAAAGAUUUUAGAUGAAACAUAUCGUUUUAAAAUGAGCAAAAUCUGUUAUUUGAUCAAAAAGUUAAACGCUAAAAGAUUUUUAAAAUACAUUUAAAACACAUUUAAAAAAGUGAACGACGUUUCGGCGCUACGUUACGCCAUUAUCAAGUUGAAAAGUGAAAAAGUAUAAGUUGUAAAACGAAUAUAUAGAAUUUGAAACAAUACAUAAAAUAUUUGCCGGUCCAGUGGGUAUAUAAUUCCCAAGGUAAGAAACACAAUAAGAGAAAAAAAAAAUGUACGAAAGUGUCACGUAAAUAGUUUGGCGCGAAUGGAGUCGGCUUGCGUGUUAAGAGAAGGCUUGAUGUCCUUUUUGUAUAACAUCUCGUAGACUAAGCAAUCAAAGUUGCUGUUAAAUUUCCUCAGAACUUUAAAAAGAUGGUCAGAGGUCAGUCUUUGUUCUGUUGUUGCCAUGCUGUGUUUCAAGGUGUUUCCCGAUGGCUGAAUAACGGUGUUCACUUAUGCGUUGAUAUAAGUGUCGGGCAGUGUACCCGACAUAAUUUGCAUCGCACAAAUCACAUUGAAAUAAGUAUACAACGCAUUGAGUGUAGACGAUCGGGGGCUUGUUUUCCUUGAAACCAAGGUUUUGUGACAGUUUUCUGCUUAUAAAGACGGGUUUUACGUUAACAUCGAUUUUGGCUCCCAGAGAAUAGAUAUCUUUGCGUACGCGAUCAGCGAUAGCUGAUUUUUCUGUUAUCCCAUAAAUAAAUAGCUAAUACCCUUUUCUAAAAGUGCUCUUUUAGAAUCCCGCUUCUGUCAUGUAUGACGAACCGCUACACUCUACAAAUAAUUUACCCUUUGCGAUGCCAGCUCGUGUAGUUCUGUAUCUGCGCCGAAUUCUUAGACAGUCGGGAAAAGUCAAAUUUUGAGACUUCCGAAGUCCAAGCAAGAUAUGUACGUUUGUAACUAUCGCGAUAAAAUUCCAUGCUUUAAGUUUUGAGAUAUCAGAUUGAGAAAGAAUAAUGCGUUAAAAGGAACACGUUUCCUGCCUUUGAAUAAACUUUUUGUGCUGCGGUAUUCUCCGUGCUAACAGGUCACGUGAACGCCUACCUUAAAGUGUAAGUUAGCCGCCUUUAUUUUAUACCGUCAGGAAAUCUCGGAAAUUUGUCGAUGUUAGUCGUUGAACUUCUUGCAUACGCUUAUUGAAGUGACAUAAAUGCAUAAAACGCCACCAAGUUGAACAUUCAUGACAAGCGUUUGCUAAGUGGAAUACCUUCUUUCUACAGUUGCGUCAUGCAGCCAUUUAAAGAAAGCCGACCCUACAGCGACAAGUGGAAAUUACGAUAUUGAUCCAGAUGGCGAGGGACAUCUGGAGCCAUUCUCAGUGUACUGUGACAUGGUAAACAAUAAUGGAGUUGGCGUUACAGUCAUCAGUCACGACAGUGAGAACAGGACUUUUGUGCAUGGAUUUGAAGCUGCAGGCAGCUACUCACGUGUCAUUCACUACACUGGGGCGAACGUAUCUCAACUGGUCAGUCUUACCGCAGUCUCGUCUCAUGGCGAGCAUUUCAUCAAGUACGAGUGUUUUAAUGCAGUGAUGUACCAGUCGAUUAUAGUAAAUUGGUGGGUAUCACGUGAUUCUACUAUGAUGACUUACUGGGGCGGAACAAAUCUCAGUUAUAAAUGCGCUUGCGGGAUGACCGACGGAUGUGCAAACCCCGGUUAUGGCUGUAACUGUGAUGCGAAUGACGGUGUAUGGUGUGAAGACAGCGGUCUCCUGACUGACAAGACCAAACUUCCGGUUAUACAGCUCAGGUUUGGAGAUACUGGUGAAGGUAACGAGGAAGGCUACCACACUCUGGGAGAAUUCAAGUGUUAUGGCACAGCAUAA